AUGCGAGACGAGACGAUCGUCUACGACGUUGCGUGGAGCGCACUCCAACCCCAACUGCUGCACGCAUCAUUACAACCAGUGCACUCGAUCAGCACCCCGACCACAGGCAGCAGCGGCAGUGCGGGGUCGCGUCGACCGGAUGCCCGGCAGCUCCGUCAAGAGCUCACCGCUCAGCCAGCCUACCAAUGCAUUGACUGGUCGGCGCGCAAUCUGAUCGCCUUCGCGACGUGCAGCCGCGUGCUGCCUCUCGCAACGACCUUGCAGUCAGUCGCGGGAACCGGCGCUGGAGCAUCGCUGCCGACGGGAUCUGCUGGCGUGGCAGGUGGUCCACCCGCGAGCAUGAAUACUGUGACUGCUGGUCCAAGCUCAGCCGCGAAUCAAGCCAAUCCGAAUCCAACGCAGUCCACCAGCAGUGCGGCUGGCACUGCUCCGUCAGUGCAGGAGGCCUCGGGCGAGAUGCGCUUGCACACAAUUCAUAUCAUGGACCCAAACACGCCGUGGGCAAUGUGCUCGCUCGCUCAGGAACACCACACCAGACCGAUCAAGACGCUCAAGUGGAGCGGCAGCGGGUUUCAGCUCAUCUCGAUUGAUGAUGGCGGAACGCUGUGUCUCUGGCGAAUGCGAUCGCAUCUUGCGAACGAGUGGUACUGCGAGCACACCCAAUCCUAUGGCACGGACGAGUCGGUUGUUGCUGCCGUUUGGCUCGAGAAUGGGCUGGUGCGAAAAGUUUUCACACUCGUUCUCAACCGUGCCACUCGGCGCUCCAAGUACCAGCUGGCUCCUUUUAACGUCGAGCGGGAAGAGUCAUCAGGCGCUGAGGAUCAAAGCAGCGUUGUAAUUUCUAGGUGGGAGGUCAACGACACACCAAGGCCCGUUCAUGCUGUCUUUUCUCGACACAUGCAAACCUCAGCGACCAGCUUACCAAGUCCUGCUCCUGAUUGGCAGUGCCGAAAGCGCUUGCAAUGGACUGGCGCCUACGUGACCUCUUUGACCAUCGGCGCAAAUCUAUCCGUCGUUGCUGCUACAGCCGAUGGCGAGGCACAUUUCUUUGAUUGCUCGAACCUUGCAAAAAGACCUUCAAAGUCGUUACAAUCAUCAGAGUCAUCGAAACGGCCUUUGGACGAGCACAUUGCGACCCACAGAUGCGCAAUAGCGUCCCUAAAUUCCCUCGAGUCUGUUCGCAUCCUGGCCGACCCUUCGUCGUUUUGUCUGACAACGCCUGCGCUCACGCAUCAACUCUUGAGGCUUCAGUUUGAGUUUUGCAUCUUCUCUGGCAGAGAAAGCUGGGAUGUGUUGCUUUGCUUGCGGUACUUGUUGCGCGAUCCGACGUAUGGUCCAGACAUUGUCGACCGCUUGUACGAAUCGAUUCUGCAAGGCUUGCAGGCCUUGCCAUCAACACAAAAGCAACUGUACCUGCUUCGAGGCUUUGCAGUCCUGAUUGCAAUUACAAAAUGCGUGCCUGCGCGUGCCUUACGCUUCAACGACUACGAGCUUCCAGCAACCAUUCUGACGGCCUUGCUUCCUUUCGUCGACUGGAUUACUCCUUUUGUGAUUUGCAUUUUCAAGAAUCUCAUGCACGUCGCGCGCAGCCGUGCAGCCACAGAGCUUGUGCAGAGUCAGGACAGCGGAAGCUCGGCGAGCAACACGACCCCGUUUUUGAGCUUUCUCUUUCAGUCCGACGCUGCACAGCUGCUACGCGAGACGCUUGUAUACGCUUCGUUGCUGAAGCACCAGGCAUCCAUCAGCACCUCCAAGGUAAUACAGCAGCACAAUAAUGUUCAGCAGCAGCAACAGCAGCACUCUCAGCCCCAGUACGAGCAGCAGCAGCAGCAAAUCUACGACAGCGCGGCAAGCUUGGGGGCGUUAAACCACGGUGUGGCCCGCGAGUCUUCCGCCACCAUCAAGAAGCUCUUUAAUAUUCUGAGUGAGAUUAGUUUCAAGGCUGCUCGUGAUGCUUCGUUUUCUUGGGGAGACAUUUCCAAUCUCAUCUCGGCACUCGAGGUGCUGCAAAAGCCAGAGUACGAACAGACCCGCCUCAUGCGCUCUCUGCAGCUGAGUUCUACCAGCCGCGGUGUGCUGGGCCAACUUGCGCAUGUCGUGCAUGGCCCGGCGCUGCGCGUCCUUGCAAGAGAUGCCCCAGACACUGCGAUUACGGCCGCCACUCCUGUCGCAUGCCCUGCAUUCCUAUUUGGAAAAGCAACCAAAUCGCUCGUUCCCGGAAUCUUCAACUCGACAGCGGAGGUCGUCCCAGGACGGGAGGUGGACGGAGUGAACUCACCCCACGGCGGCCGUGGCGUCGCGUCACCACCAGCCGAAGUUCCCGGCUCUGUGCUGCUGAGCGAUGUGAUGGAGGGCGAUGCCUUUGACGACGAUACCACCGAUGCGCGCUUUACGGUUCGAUCACGCCGCUCUCGUCCAGAAGACGACCGGGAGCACGGUGACUGA